AUGGCGCCAGAGGUGCUUACCAAGACCAUCCAGAUGGCGAAGGCAGACAAGGCAGACAUGUUUUCAUUCGGCAGAGUGAUUUUCUUCGUGCUGGCCGCAGCGAAUCCUUUGCAGGGGCUGAGCGUUCAGGAUGUGGUGUCUCAGGCUGAGAGAAAUCAGGUACCGGACCUGCAGUGGCCACCAACUCCGGUCCCCUACUUGGAGCACGCGAAGCGACUUAUCGACUCUUGUCUCAGGCCUUCACCCGAUGAACGUCCGAACGCAGACUCCGCAGAGCUGGCGCUGCGAGCCUGGCUCGAUGCCGACUCGCCCGAUCGACACGACGGGGUCCACCUACGAGAGAUCAUCAGCCACGAUCGGACUGAGGUGGACCCGGAGACAAGGUUGGUGACCUCUUGCGCUGCAGCCGCCAAGCUCUACCUGGCUCAGAAAAACCAGAUCUGA